GAAACCAGGGAAACAGACUUCAGUCAAGAGUUGCGUUUUCAUGAAGAUAAUGUCAUGCUAACAAUUUUGACUGUCUGAUAAGCAUUUAAAGAUCUGAAGGCACAGUGAAGACAGACACAAGUACCUUUUUUACAUUGUUGUUCACGGGUGGGUGAAGGCCUGCUCAGAGUUUAUCAGAUUCCUGUUACGCAUAAGCAGACUUGAGAAGCAAUAAUGCCUCCCCCUGGAGUCUGUCUGAACAUUAUGAGGGAUCGUCAGAGGCAAGAAGGUCAAGGAUCUCUUAACAAUCCAGAGAAGUUCUGUGGCCAAGACUUUGAACAGCUGCGCACCUACUGUCUGAUAAAGAGAGUGAGAUUUGUGGAUGAGACUUUCCCACCAAGCAGAGAUUCUAUUGGCUUUGGUCUGCUACAACCAGAUGAGAUGGCAAGAGUUGUAUGGAAAAGACCAAGGAAUCUUCACAGUGAUCCUCAGCUAUAUGUGAAUGACGUCUCCAGGUUUGAUCUUUGCCAAGGACAAGUGGGUAACUGCUGGUUCCUGGCUUCACUGGGUGCAUUGACAUUUCAGCAGCAUAUAAGGAAACAAGUUUUGCCUUGUGACCAAGGAUUUCAAAAGGAUUAUGCUGGAAUUUUUCAUUUCAGGUUCUGGCGAUUUGGGAAGUGGGUGGAUGUUGUGAUAGAUGACAAGUUGCCAACCCUUGAUGACAACCUUAUUUUUGUCAGACCUAAAACCCAGAAUGAAUUCUGGCCUGCCUUACUGGAGAAGGCCUAUGCCAAGGUGUGCGGCUCCUAUGCUGACAUGAGCUCCGGAAGUGUGUCAGAGGCUCUGAUGGACUUCACUGGAGGAGUGCAUGUUCGCUUCAAUCUGAAGGAAGCCCAACCAGACCUAUGGGAAACCAUUGAAAGAGCCGCAAAAGUCAACUCUCUCAUGGGAUGUGGAACCCCUCCAGUGAAAACAUCAGGAAAAAAUAAUGUACUGCCCAGUGGAUUAGUGGAAGGCCAUGCCUAUACAGUCACUGGUGUUGCAGAGGUGCUGAGCAAUGGAGUACCAGAGAAGUUACUUCGGCUGUGGAAUCCAUGGGGAAGAGAGGAAUGGAUAGGAGACUGGAGUGAUGAAUCCCCAAAAUGGCAAACAGUGGGUGCUAAAGAAAAAAAAGAGUUGCUACACAACAGUGAUGACGGAGAGUUUUGGAUGUCGAUAGAGGACUUCAAGAGGCAUUUCACAGAAGUAGACAUCUGUAAUUUAUCCCCUGAAUUUCUGGAUUCAGGAAAUAAGUGUGUCUGGGACUCUUCUGUCCAUGAAGGAAGAUGGGUUCAGGGAGCCACAGCUGGCGGCUGCUUGAACUACAGUGAUACAUUCUGGAUGAAUCCACAGUACCGAGUGACGCUAACUGACAUUUUAGCACAAGAGAACGGCCACACCUCGGGCUCUUGCAACAUCCUGGUGUCACUCAUGCAGAAACCUCAGGAAAGGUUCAGACACCUUUCUCCUAAUGCAUCCAUAGGUUAUGUCAUUUUUCAGGUACCACCUUCAUACAAGGAGCAGAGGGGAAAGUUCCCAGCAGCAUUCUUCAAUAGCCAGAGCCCCAUUGCAAAAACAAAGGCAUUCAUAAACUCCAGAGAAGUGACAGAGUGCUUCCAGCUCAAACCUGGGGACUAUUUAAUUGUCCCUUCCACAUAUAAACCAGAUGAAACUGCUAACUUUAUUUUAUCAAUUUUUUCCAAGACAAAGAACUACACAAAAGAUAGUAGUACCAAUGUUCUGGAGUCCAACAUCCCCAACCUGGAGAUGCCUAAGGACCCACUGCCCCAGCAGCCCAUUUAUAACUAUGAAGACAAUCCCCACAAGAAGGUUUUUCUGCAAUAUUCUGAUCAGUAUGAAGAAGUUGAUGCUGAACAUUUGCAGGCACUUCUCAAUGAGAACAUUCUCAAGGGAAAAACAUUUCAGAGUGGAGGGUUCAGCUUGGAUGCUUGCAAAAGCAUCAUAGCAAUAAUGGAUCUUUCAACUACUGGAAAGUUAAAUGCUGUAGAAUUUGUACGUUUGUGGAAAAAGGUCCUUGCCUACCAGGAAAUGUUCUACCAAAAAGAUGUGUCCCACACAGGACAUCUGUCUUUGCCUGAGCUACAAAAUGCCAUAGAGAGCAUAGGGAUCAAAGUCAAUGAUGAGCUGCUGAACCUCAUGGCGCUGCGUUACGGGGACUCUUCCGGUCGCCUCACUCUCGAGAGUUACAUGUGUCUCAUGCUGCGCCUGGAGUGCAUGGCCAAAAUAUUUCAGAAUCUAUCUGAUGGAAAAGGCAUGUAUCUGCGGCCAUCUGAGUGGCUGUUUCUCACCAUGUAUUCAUGAAACUUCAAGAGCUGGCAACAGUUAGACAGAUUCCAAUGAUUUUGGAAGUGCCUCCUUCUGAUUUCUAACACAAGACAGAAAAAAACCUUUUUUACUAAUCAUGUGAAUUUACACAGCACAGCAAAAAGGACUGAUUGACUCAUUACAUUCAUUGUUUGUAAUAAACUAAAUAAAACAUAUUUUCAGGGACUUUUAAAUUUGUCAUGUGUUUAACAGGGUGGACAGUUUGAUAGAUAUUAAUGCACUUCUCUCCAGUCUUGUAGUUAGGUAGCUCUGUGCUGGCGUGUUUGAAAUGAAACAAUUUUGGUUUUGUACCUGUUCUGCCUGUGAGCAAAAAUAAAAACAAAAGUAUCUGUUUAUGA